AAAAUGUUUGAAUAGGAGUACUAUAAGAGAAUUAUUGACAAGCAAACAACUCCAAAUAAAUGUACAAUUAAUACUACAAAGCCUUGGUUUCCUUAAUUGAAGCAUAGACUGGCUGUAAAAGGUAAUAUUGGUAAAAGAGAUAGAUUACGAUUAUAAGUUUUUUGUUUUGCCUCCUAAUAAAAUGGUGUCACUUUUAAAGAAAUAAAAGAUUAAUGUGCCAUCAGAUGAAUAGAUUAGAGAAUUUCUAAGAAAUCACUCACUUAAGCAUAUAGUACAUUAUGAUGCUGGAGACUUUAAAAACGUAGAUAAGAUUUGUGCAUCAAAUAGCCCUUCUCCAUUAAUGAUAAAUAAGAAGAAUAGGAAACUAUUUUCAUAACAAAAUCCAAAUACAAAUUACAAACUAAUUGAACCAAAACCAUAGACAGCAUAGAAAUUAUUUGAUAGACAAUCAUCAGUAUAAUAGAUUAGACAAAGAGAACUAAAAUCUUAGUAAAUAGAGAUAAGACCAAAUAAAGAGAUUAUGGAUAUAGAAGUAAAAGGAAUAAAGAGAAAAAUGAGAAUCCAUGAGAUAUCAGCUAAGUCUACACCAUAAAUAGAUGCAUCUAAUUUGAAAUUCUUUGGAUAAAGUUAGAAGAAAAGGAAUCGGAGAAAAUUAGAAUUAUUGAGUCGUUCAUUGAAAAAGAUAAAACUUCUUGGAUUGUCAUUAGUAGAUGUGAUAUAGAAGUAAGUGUUCAGUAAGAAAGCCUAUUCAUGUUAAUUUUCAAAGGAAUUUAUAUUUGCAUCUAAAUAGAAUAGAAUAGAAUAGAUGUAGAGUUUUUUAAUAACUCAUCCUUAUUUAGUGUUUUAAUAUGAUUAUUACAAUAUGACAGCUCUUCAUUGGGCAUGUAAAUAUGGAUGUUUAGAUAUGGUCAGACUAUUAUUACAUUACCAUGCAGAUUUUGAUGCUUUAGAUUUGAUGAAUAGAACUCCUUUGAGUAUAGCAAUUAUUGAAAAUCAUCAAGAGAUAGUUAAAUUAUUACUUACUCAUGGUGCAUAUCCUUGGAGCACCGGAUUAAUAGAUUUAAAUGCUCUAUUAUAACACAAUGCAGAUAUGAAAAGAAUUCUUAGUUAAGCAAGAAAAAUAUAAUUAUUUACUAAAUGGAGCAGACUUUAAGAGCCUACUUUCUGUAUUUAUUGA